AUGGCGGACAUCGAAGCAUCACGCCCAACGUCAACGGAAGAGCAAUCUCGUGACGAAGAGAAGAGAUAUGGGACAACGAGAAUUGAGACUGAUCACGCAACCACCACCAGCUUAUUCCGCAAGGCGUUGCGGCUGGUUCAAGUUGAAGAGCAAGGUAUCGAGCCAAUCCCGCUGGCGGAGCGGACAUCUACUCGGUACCUCAACGCCUUCACUGUCUGGUGUUCCAUGAAUGCCAAUAUCCUUCCCGCGAUCCUGUCUCUUUUAAUCUCGUUCUGUGGAUACAAGAUCUUGCAUUUCUACGAGACCUAUGCUUUCAUCCCCGCUGUCGUUGCGAUAGUGAUCGCUACUGGAUGCGGAGGCUCGAGACUCCGAGAACAAACCGACAUGGCUCCUGCAACAGCUUCAUCGAUCUUGAAUUUCGGUAUGAUUGUAUCAUCUUACAUGAUUCCGUGGGCGUGUAUUGCUUCGGAUCUUACCACAUACUUUGACCCCAGGGUCCGGGGUGCUUCGUACCGUGUGUUCGCUUACAGCUACACCGGUUUGAUUCUGCCCACCAUCCUUUUGAUGACGCUCGGCAGCGCCAUCGGUGGUGCCAUUGCCAAUGUGCCUGAAUGGCAAGAGGGCUACGAUUCGACACUUGUGGGCGGCGUAUUGGCUGCCAUGCUUGCGCCAGCUGGUGGUUUUGGAAAAUUCGUCGUCGUUUGUCUGGCAUUUACCCUUCUCGGCAACAUCUCCGGCACAAUGUAUGCCAUCACACUCAACUUCCAGACGUUAGUUCCUUCGCUGGUGCGGGUUCCUCGCUAUGUCUUCUCGAUCGUGGUCACAGCCGUCAUGAUCCCGGUUGCUAUCAAGGCCGCUGAUGAUUUCUUCUUGAAUUUGGAGAACGUUAUAGCAUUGAUCGGGUACUGGUCUGCGUCCUUCGUCGGCAUUGUCGUGGUCGAGCAUUUUGUUUUCCGCAGAGGAGAUGCCCAACGGUACGAUUUAGUUGGAACAUUACUUCCAGUUUACCCAGCGGUGUUGCGGCACUUGGUGCGGGUAUUCUGAGUUUUGGCCUCGUUGUUCCCUGCAUGGCCCAGCCUUGGUGGACCGGACCGAUUGCUAAUGUCACUGGUGAUAUUGGGUUCGAGGUGGCAUUCAUUUUGAGCGCACUGUUUUAUAUGCCUUUGAGAACACUUGAAAAGCGAGUACUCCGCCGAUAGAUAUCAAUGAGCCUUCACUGAAGACAAG